AUGUCGUCACAACGGCCAGACCCGAGCCAAAAUACCCAGAGGCGCGACGACGACUAUCCGCCCUUGCCACCACACCGCAGGCUUCCCCCGCUACCCCAGAUUCCCAGGGACAGAAGCCGCCUCACCUUCUCUCCGAGCACCUCACGACGACAUCCCGGGGAGCCUGAAUCUUACACUACGCAGGACCAGGCAGAGACCUACUACCAGCUUACGCGGCACAUGGCAGAUAGGAAUUUCCAGGCUGAGUACGACGAGCUUGUGGGCAACAGUUUGAGUGGCUUUACGGCAUUUAUGUCUCAAGCGCAAGACGACUUUGGUUUCUCCCGGAAUAGCAAUCGUGGCUGGAACCAAAACUCGAACUUACUAGAAAUCCUGCAAAACGACCAGAACGAACAGCGAGACGACGACGAUACCCGGCGCCAACCCCUCCAGUUACCCGCAGUGUUUGGGUAUAGGCCAGUCAGGACACUAAGCGGACGCCAGCGACUUGACGGCACGGAAGACGACUUGGAAGCUGUCAGAGCCCUGUGGAAUCGGAGAGCCCAGUACAGCUCUUCACCUUUUUCGCCGCCCAGGAUGCCACCCAAUCUACCCCCCCCAAACCUUUCGCCUCUUCCUCCCUCGGAAGAGUAUCCAGAGGAGAAUCGGCGAGUGAAGAGGAGAAAGCUGGACUCUGAACGUAUUGCCCAGAGCUUCAAGGGGUUUCGAUAUGGACGCUACGGCCAGGUUGAGUCAGGUCAACUGAAGAUGGAAAUUAUGAGCUGCGACGGGGGACUUUAUGAGAACGCUUCUCUUCACGUCCAUGAAAAUAUCCUCAAGGACGACAAGACCGUCUACUGCACAGAGUCCAACCGCUGCAAUAUCAUUUUGCGGCAUCAGGGCGGAACUGCAUUCAGCUUGAAGGAGCUUGUAAUCAAGGCGCCGGCAUCAAACUACUCGUCACCCGUACGGGAGGGCAUGGUCUUUGUGUCCAUGGACCAGGAUGAGCUCCUGAAGCGAACGGCACAGUAUGAAAUACAGUAUGCUCCGCAGAGAUCAGGUCGGACAACAGCUACACGGGCGCUUGCACCUAUAAUCUCAAUACGGCAUCACGAGGACGGAACGACUGUCACAAGAACGCACACUCGGCAGAGACGGCUGUAUAGCCUUGGCCAUGACGACGAAGAGAAUGAGCAUCGGACGGCGCAAAUCCCGAUGGAGUUCACUACACAUUUGCCGCCCUUUAAUAUCACCACCGAAUGCAGUUACGAAGAGACCGACGAUGAGGAUACCCCUAGAAUCACUGUCAAUCGGACAGCUCCCAAUAGAAUUGGAUCCUUGCCGUUUGAGAGUGACAGCAGCGACGACGGCAAUCCAUUUGCAUCAGACGAGUACGGCUUUGACGAUUACUCCUUCACGAAUAGGCGCCGAGAUCCAUCUGAUAUGUCUUUGGCAGAGGCUGUUGAGGCGAAUCAGAUGGCGACUCAAGAGGCCGUCCGGGCUGUCGGUGGUGAGCUCAUGGCUCCGCAUGCCAAGUUUUUCAUUGAGAAGGAUAAGAGCAAGUGCACAAUACGCUUUGAUCCGCCGGUUGCUGGAAGAUUUAUACUCCUGAAGAUGUGGAGUAGCAGCCGUGCAUCUGGCAGUAAUAUCGACAUACAAGCAGUUCUUGCCAAAGGUUUCGCAGGACCGCGGUAUUUCCCUUCAGUGGAAUUGCGAUGA